AUGAAAUUACUCGUAUACCUAUACCCAUUUCACCAUUUUCCCCCAAACCCAUUUUCCCCCCAAAUCUCUUCCUCCCUCAACCCCAUCUACCGCCACCCACGACCACCACCACCGUCGAACACCCACGAGCCCGCCAUCAGUACGAACGUACAGCAGCACGUCGGCUCCAUCUCCGUCUCCAUCUUCGGAUCCAGCUCCAUCUCCAUCUCGACCGGUGCGGUGGGUCCAGCUCCAUCUCCAUCUCCGGAUCUCCGUGAAGCUCCACCGUUUGUUCUCCAUCUCCAGGCAACACUCUCAUCGUUGGAAAAGAUCAGACAAUUAGGCCCACUACAUUUGCUUCAGGAAGAAGAUGAAAUUUCUCAAAUUGAAGAUGAACCAAAGCUGGAAUGUCUACAUUUGCCUCAAGAUAUGAACUUGUUCAGAUUGAAGAUAACCUUCUUGAAAAUGAACCGAAGCGAGAACUUAGUCGAAGAUAACAUUUGCAUCAAGAUGAAGAUGAACCAAAGCAGAAGUCUAAUCGAAUAUCAAAGCAUUGUUGCAAUGUAUUGAGUUGCUAUUUUGGAAGUAUUUUGUGUUAUUUUUUUAUUUUGUUAUUUUAAUGUAUAUGUUGUAAUGAUUUUAGCAUCUUUUUGUUGAUAAAAUCAUGGUAAUGCAUCACUGGUAAUGCAUCAAGAUAGUGAAAAUCAUGGUAAUGCA